ACUUUGACGGGUAAACUUUAAAGCUCCCUCCUUUUCCACUGCCUUGUACCAAAGGAUUACUGAAUUGGACAUUUGGAACCAAAAAGCCCUGAUGAGGAGACUCUUACUGAGAACUCCCUCUACUCUUUCUGCAGUCCUUCACUCUUCUAAACCUCCCCUUCCUUGCAACAAUGGUGGGUCUCUUCCAAGGUUGGGUCCAACUGCCAGCUUCAACUCAAAUCCCAGAUGGAUCUUCAUGUCUAACAAUUCUCUUCCGCCUCCAGAAUGGAUAGACCCUUUCCUUGAUCUAUCUGAUGUAGUCUCAAGUACCCCUCGAAACCUUGAGCCCUCUCCUUGGGUUCACCAAAUUAGUAAUCUUUUAGAUGGGUCUUCGAACAUGGAAUCCAACCUAGAUUCUUUUUGUCACAAGUUCUUGAUCAAGUUGUCACCCAGUUUUGUCUCGUUUGUUUUGAGGUCCAUUGAGUUACAGAAAAAUAUUGAUGUUGCUUUGAGGUUCUUCACUUGGGCAGGUAAGCAAAAGAAGUACACUCAUAGCCUUGAAUGUUAUGUUUCUUUGAUUGAUGCUUUGGCUAUACAUGGUGAGGUGGACAGAGUUAAGUUUGUGUUUAGUCAGUUUAGAGAAAUGGGGUUUUUAAUGACUGUUCAUUCGUCGAAUUCUUUGAUUAAGAGCUUUGGGAGUUUGGGAAUGGUAGAGGAGCUAUUAUGGGUGUGGCGUAGAAUGAAGGAAAAUGGGAUUGAACCAAGUUUGUUUACGUAUAACUUUCUGCUUAAUGGUUUGGUUAAUUCUAAGUUUGUUGAAUCCGCUGAACGGGUAUUUGAGGUUAUGGAGAGUGGAAAAAUUGGGCCAGAUGUUGUUUCAUAUAAUACAAUGAUUAAAGGGUAUUGUGAAGUGGGGAAAGCCCAGAAAGCAUUUGAGAAAUUAAGAUCUAUGGAGUCAAGAAGCGUGGCACCCGAUAAGAUUACUUAUAUGACUCUGAUUCAAGCUUGUUAUGCAGAGGGAGAUUUUGAUUCUUGUUUAAGUCUUUAUCACGAAAUAAAUGAGAAAGGUAUGGAAAUUCCACCACAUGUGUAUAAUUUGGUGAUUGGGGGGCUUUGUAAAGAAGGGAAACGCAUGGAAGGAUAUACUGUUUUUGAGAAUAUGAUUGGGAAGGGAUGCAAAGCAAAUGUGGCAAUAUAUACAGCUUUAAUCGACUCAAAUGCAAAAUGUGGUAAUAUGGGAGAAGCCAUGUUACUUUUUGAGAGGAUGAAGAAAGAAGGGCUUGAACCGGAUGAAGUUACUUAUGGGGUCAUUGUUAAUGGUUUGAGUAAGAAUGGGAGAGUGAAUGAGGCUAUGGAAUGUAUGGAGUUUUGCAGAAGCAAUGGAGUGGCGGUCAAUGCCAUGUUUUAUUCUAGUCUCAUUGAUGGUUUAGGAAAGUUGGGGAGAGUAGAUGAAGCUGAGAAACUUUUUGAAGAGAUGGUCAAGAAUCAAUGCCCACCAGAUUCGUAUUGUUACAAUGCUCUUAUUGAUGCCCUUGCAAAGUAUGGCAAGAUUGAUGAGGCAUUAGCAAUCUUUAAUAGAAUGGAGGUUGAAGGCUGCAAUCAGACAAUUUAUACAUACACAAUAGUCAUAAAUGGAUUGUUCAGACAACACAGAAAUGAAGAGGCAUUGAAGCUGUGGGAUGUAAUGAUUGAUAAGGGUAUCACGCCAACUGCAGCUGCUUUCAGGGCUUUAUCAACUGGGCUCUGUCUAUCUGGCAAGGUGGCCAGAGCUUGCAAGAUUUUGGAUGAGCUGGCACCAAUGGGUGUUAUUCCCGAAACAGCUUUUGAAGAUAUGCUUAAUGUGCUUUGUAAAGCCGGCCGUGUCAAGGAGGCUUGCAAAUUGGCUGAUGGGAUUGUUGAUAGGGGCAGAGAAAUACCAGGAAGAAUUCGCACAGUUCUAAUCAAUGCCUUGAGGAAAGCAGGCAAUGCAGACUUGGCCUUGAAGUUGAUGCAUAGCAAGAUAGGCAUUGGGUAUGAUAGAAUUGGUAGUGUUAAGAGGCGAGUAAAGUUUCAGAUGCUGGUUGAAAGUUGAUUCUGGAUCUAGAUCUUAGAUUCUGUAACACGUUCGGCUAUUAAUUUGAACAGUGCUGACUAUCUUGCUCAUUCUUGUCAUAUCAUAUUGAAUUCAAGAAGAAGUUUGACAUAACUGGACAGAAAACUGUGUCAGCUGUAGCAAUUGUAUGGACAAAAUUUUUGCAGACAAGUCUGAUAAAUUGUCUUCAGUUGCUAGGAGCAUUCCCCAUUCAUGUAUUUAAGUCUCAUGUUUCAGUUUCACAAAAGCGGUUCACACCUUAAUGCUCCUCUGGAACAAGUAAUGAUGUCAGCAUAACCAUUGGAUUGGUUACUAUAUUGUGAAAUGGAUAGUUAUGCAGCAUCAGGUCGAUGAAGAGGUGUGAGUGGAUAAAAAUUCUUGGAGCAAUGACCGGACUGAGUUAAUACAUCCAAUAAUGUGCGGACAAUGUACAAACAAUAAUCGCAAACUUAAAAUCAUCCCUAGUAUAUCAAUUGCAUCUUGCAAUAGUGAAAGAAGUUGCAGAUACUUCAUUUCUUCAAGUAACUUAUCUUUACAACUUGUAGCUGGACCUUUUGGACCUGUUGUCAACAAGAAGGAAAUGACUGUGAUUGGGUUAUUCUUGUUGGAAUUUAUUUCCACCCACUUUUAUCGCUGAAAUGAAAGCCUGGAGCUAUGUGGAGAACCAGAAGAGAAAUCCUGGAAUAUGUUUGAAAUGCUGCAUUAAAUCAUCAUUUAAGUUGGAACACUUCAAUUAUAUUCAUCCAAUCAAGCAGAAUAUUAUGUGCGCCAUGAAGAGAAUCUAUUAUGCAUUGUAAGUUUCUGUAUAUGAUGCACAAUCAAUUCAAGACAGGAUAGUUGUUUGAUUUCUCAGAUGAUUGGAUAUUUAGACACUUGCAAUAUUUGGAUGGCUUAUGAUUAUUGGGAACUAGGUAUCUCAAAAAUUGAAUUUUGAUGCUAAUUGCAAGGUUAGUCAAUUCUGCAGGGCAAGAUUGCAUAAGAGCUAAUAAUUUCUGAAAAUAGUAGCUGUUUUGAGGGCCUGUAUUUUUGUGAUUAGCAAAUAAGGAUUGUGUGAAAAAAAAAAAAAAAAAAAGAUUUGUGGCUUGAGAACUGAAAAUGUUAAACAUGUGGAAGAUUGUGUUUUUAGGAUCUGGCUGAAGCUGGUGACUUGUUGUAAGAAUGGAAAUCUCUUUUGGAACAUGUGGAAAAUAAAUGGUAAGGCAGAAAAGGGCAAAACAGGGUUAAAGCUUUAUAGAUAAUCACUGUUGUAGCAAGAGAUUGUGGUGGUGUGUGAAGAAAAUGACCUUUGAAGAUCUAAAUGAUUACAUUUGAAAUUGGAUGGUUUUGAGGCAUGACAAAAAUGAAUCUGAAUAAUUUUGCUACUUUUAAGG